AUGAAGGAUAAUACCAUCCUCGGCAUCUACCAUCACCAUGGCAUCGCUGCCAACACAACCGAAGCUAUAACAAAAGUUGACUGGCGGGGAAUCGUCAUCCGCCCACCGACGGCCAAAUAUUUCAUCGGCAUCCUCAACACCGGCAUCUACACUCUUCUUCAACUCGCUCGAGUCCCAUUGAAUACCAGUACAUUGGACUAA